UCACCUCCGUUUUUCUUGUGGUGUAGAGUUUGUGGAGUAGAAUAAUGCCUAAGUCAAAGGAACUUGUGUCUUCAAGCUCAUCAGCUAGUGAUUCAGAUAGUGAAGUUGACAAAAAGGUAAAGCGGAAAAAGCAAGCAGCUCCAGAAAAGCCUGUAAAGAAACAAAAGACUGGUGAAAGUUCCAAAGGCACAGCUGCUUCUAAGCAAAGCAGUGACAGAAAUGAGAAUAUGUUUCAGAUUGGCAAAAUGAGGUAUGUAAGUGUUCGUGACUUUAAAGGGAAAGUCUUAAUUGAUAUUAGAGAAUAUUGGAUGGAUCAAGAAGGCGAAAUGAAGCCUGGCAGAAAAGGUAUUUCUCUAAAUCCAGAACAGUGGAACCAGCUGAAGGAGCAAAUUUCUGAUAUUGAUGAUGCAGUAAGAAAACUGUAAAUACAGAGCCAUAUAGAAA